UUCCGGGAUACACUCCUACUCGUUUCGUUAUCAUUCAUUAGAUAUAGAUUCGCUUAUUUCCUUACAUUUAGAAUGUCAGACACAGCAGUGGCCGCCAGUGGGAAGCCCAUCAAGGACUUAAAAGCAAAAGAGAAGGAAGUUGUAGAAGAAGCAGAAAAUGGAAAGGACAAGCCUACCAAUGGAAAAGCAGAAAAUGAGGAAAAUGGAGAGCCAGAGGUAGAUAAUGAAGGCGACGAAGAAGAUGAGGUAGAUGAGGAAGAUGAAGAGGAUGAAGUAGAAGGAGAAGAUGACGAUGACGAUGAUGAAGUAGAGGGAGUCACCGGCAAGAGAGCAGCAGAAGAUGAUGAGGAUGAUGAUGAUGAUGAUGUUGAAAUAAAGAAGCAGAAAACAGAUGAAGAUGACUAGAGUGGGACAGUGUCCCUGUCUCAAAAUAAAGUAUAUAUAUAACCUUACCCCCCACCGCCUGCCCUCAACUCUCAAAUAUGGGUCACAGAAAAGCAAUUCUUCCGUCCCAGCCCCCUCAAGCAGGCUUCUUUGGCCCCAUGUCCUCCGUCCACAAAUGACACCACCGUUAAAGGUGCCAGUCACAGUGCCCACGUGGCUUUGUUUUUGUGUUUAAUCUUUUUCUUUCUGCAGCAACUUCAGCUAGGGUUUAUCCCUGCACUGCCAGUAUAGAAUGCAUUCAUUUGCUUUCCUUUUCGGUCAUAAUGUUGUUUGGGUGGGGUGGAAUUGUUCAUAAAUUCUAGAGGGGUUAUUUUGCUUUUUCCUUUUUAUAAAAACUGGGAAACAAAACACCUUGGAAGGGGUCCUCUGUUUGUAUUUUUUAUUUACAUUUUAUAUUUUUGUACAUAUUGGUAUACAGCUGUCCUUUUCUGUACUGGGGAUCCAACUGCCAGGGUGUCGGGGGGGCUUUUAAAUUAAAUUUUUUUUUUUUUGUCCCCCUUCUUUUUUGACAAUUGUUCCCAUGGCUAUAUAUAUAUAUAUAUAUAUAUGGAGGAAAGAUCUUGCAUUUUUUAACCCCCCUUUUCUGGGCAGCGGUGGAAGGGCGGUGGGAGGUGUGGAGUUUGAGAGCAGUCUCUUCUCCAAAUGGCAAAAUCUUUACAAAAAAGCAAAAAUUGUUAUAAAAAAAAAAACUUAAAAUAAAUAAGACAAAAUCCCCAAUAUAAAAUUCUGAUCAUUCCAGUAACUUUUGAACAUAUUUUUAGCUGUACUUUAGAAGAGUUUGGAUGAGAAAAUGGCCAAAGAUUUUCUUUUAGUUUUGUUUUGUCUCUGAAUUUUUUUUGUUUGGCCUGAUUGGAUGUGUGUGGCAGUAUUGUCAAUAAAACUGCAAUUUUAAUUUGCAGGCUUUCCUUUUGUUCUAA